CUCUGGGCUUUGGAUAGUGGUCUCACUGGAGCCGCGCUGAUGCUCUCCCGGAUUACUACGGCAGAGGAGAGGAGGGGAGAGAACAUGGAACUUCAAACGUGUUUCGUUGGAAGGGAUUUAUAAUCUGGAUCAUGGAUAUUGACAGAAAAGACUGCUGUCCUGUUCUCGGCUGAGUGGACCAGUGCAUAUUUCAUAGAAGACAGAAGAGAGAACCCAGUACAGACUUUAUGGAAGGGGGUAGCCAGAAAUUGUUUCCAUAAAACCAUACAGAAUUAAAGACCACAGUCAGCCAAGUCUGACUUAUACACAGAAGAUAUGAGCCUUGGCCUCUCUCAUGCCAGAGAGAGACAGUUAGUGACAUCAUCAUGAAUGCCCCGCCCACAGGAAGCCCUAGCCAAAAUAUGGAGGUGAAGGUGGUCUCCCAGGAGAUGGCUUUGUUUAGCAACGCCCUGGCAGCCUACACCUUCAUAGCAGACCAGCCUGAGCGAGUAACUCUGGUGUUUGUUAGUGGUGUGUGUGUGGGUCUCCUCCUCACCCUCUGUGCCCUCGUGGUCCAGAUACACUGUCGCACUGACUGUCACUACAGUAACCGACGACGACAUCACCAUCAGCAUAGCAACAGGCAUCACCACCAUCACCAUGGGGACCAUCCCUGUCACCAUCAUCUCCAACCUGGCAACCCUAACACAAGCAAUCCCGGCGUAACCACAGAGACGAGUAGAGACAGCGAAUCAGUGGACUGGGACGACGGGACUUCUGACCUAUCGGCUCGACGACGGAGGCGAUUUGAGAGAACGCUGCUGCACACUAGCAUGUUCACAUCCAUAGAAGAGUUGGAGCGAGCUCAGAGGGUUGAGGAGAGAGAGAGGAUCAUACAAGAGAUCUGGAUGAACGGACAUCCCGACGUCAACACUGUCACACGCAGCCUCAACCGAUACUACUGACAGGGACAGAGAAAACAUGGCGAGAAAACAGAUGGAUGGACAGACAAACGGACAAAGAGGAAGGAUAAUAUACACUUUUAGACAGGGUCGCAUCGAGAGGCUCAUGAAGCACCCUGUUAGCCAGGGUGAGUGGGUACAAUGACACUGGACCACAGAACCAUGGGUGUGUCCUGAGAACACCAGACUGAUGUCACGACAGGUUAUGAACCCGGGUCCCCCAUUGGAGAAACCAACGUCUUGACCAUUAGACCAAGAGGAAAGGACCAAGAGCAACCAUGAACCUGACUCCACUACACUUAACCCACAGCUUUUAGAUCUGUGAUGAGGAGAAUGCCUCCUGAUUGUGGACCAGGAUGGUUCCUCCGGGGUCAGACCCCUUUCAAAUACUGAGGUGGAUGAUGUCACCACCUAGUGGACACCAUCCCCAUCACCGUUGACAAAGGCCCACAAUUCACCUCUGUGGAAAACUCUGAUUUCCUAGCCGAACGUACCGCACUACGUUGUACCUGACUGGCACGGUCAUACACAGCACGGUUCACUACCAGGACAAGGACCACAGAGAAAACCUGUUAACUAAAACAUUUCAUGUUUGCCUUCACUCAAUCUUAAUGUGUAUUUAAUUGAUCCACUCUUGUCUUUUGUAAAUAAAUUCAUUUUUUAUAAAAUAGCAACACUUUGUUCGUUUGUCUCGGGGAUGCUUUUAAGGGUUGUUGCAGGGGAAAAUUUAGUUUUGUAUUUUUAAGAUGGAGCAACAAUCAUUCCUCAGAGAGACUGUGACAAUAAAACUAUGUGUUUGGUUGUCAGCAGAGGACUAUUAAUUAGGGACCCUUAGUCACGACAGACAGAGGCAGUGCUCCAAUCCAAUCCAGUCAGCUCCUGAGUAGUUCCCUUCAGUCCCCCUAUAGCCCUUCAGAAAGAUAGAUGGAGACACCACCAUAUCGCAAUAAUACACAUGUGUUAGGUGCUUAUUUCACACACAUGUGUUAGGUGCUUAUUUCACACACAUGUGUUAGGUGCUUAUUUCACACACAUGUGUUAGGUGCUUAUUUCACACACAUGUGCUUGUUUGAAUUGGAAAUGUAUUUUUUCCUUUUCAUAUCCCAACUCCACCUGAGACACCCAUUGAGAGGGUCAGCCAUUGCUAACGCCGAUCUGGUCCCUUCAGCUCUGCUAAAACUGAAGCGGUAGCUAGACUCUCUACGAUACGUGUUGCUUUUGGAGUGCACACUACAUUGUCAUGUUUUUAAUGGGGCAUCACAAGGUAAACUGUGCAGCACUACAUUGUGAUGUUUUUAAUGGGGGAUCACAAGGUAAACUGUUCAGCACUACAUUGUCAUGUUUUUAAUGGGGGAUCACAAGGUAAACUGUUCAGCACUACAUUGUCAUGUUUUUAAUGGGGGAUCACAAGGUAAACUGUUCAGCACUACAUUGUCAUGUUUUUAAUGGGGGAUCACAGGGUAAACUGUGCAGCACUACAUUGUGAUGUUUUUAAUGGGGGAUCACAAGGUAAACUGUGCAGCACUACAUUGUCAUGUUUUUAAUGGGGGAUCACAGGGUAAACUGUGCAGCACUACAUUGUGAUGUUUUUAAUGGGGGAUCACAAGGUAAACUGUUCAGCACUACAUUGUGAUGUUUUAAAUGGGGGAUCACAAGGUAAACUGUGCAGCACUACAUUGUCAUGUUUUUAAUGGGGCAUCACAAGGUAAACUGUGCAGCACUACAUUGUGAUGUUUUAAAUGGGGCAUCACAAGGUAAACUGUGCAGCACUACAUUGUCAUGUUUUUAAUGGGGGAUCACAAGGUAAACUGUGCAACACUACAUUGUGAUGUUUUUAAUGGGGGAUCACAAGGUAAACUGUGCAACACUACAUUGUGAUGUUUUUAAUGGGGGAUCACAGGGUAAACUGUGCAGCACUACAUUGUGAUGUUUUUAAUGGGGCAUCAAAAGGUAAACUGUUCAGCACAAUAGUAUUAUCUCUGCAUUAUUUCUGGGUGUUUCCCCUAGCUUGUCGCCGGUAUUGGAAAAACUGUGUAAAGUGAACACUUGUUUCUCUGUGAGAGAGGUUCUCUAUGUACAGUAUGUAUGCAUCCUUCCUCUCUUCCUUGAAGUAACCACAUAUCUGAGAUAGGUGCAUAGGUGAACACAGUAGGAUAGAGGAUAGGUGAACACAGUAGGAUAGAGGUUCAAGCAGUAGGAUAGGUGAAACACAGUAGGAUAGAGGAUAGGUGAACACAGUAGGAUAGAGGUUAAAGCAGUAGGAUAGGUGAACACAGUAGGAUAGAGGAUAGGUGAACACAGUAGGAUAGAGGUUAAAGCAGUAGGAUAGGUGAACACAGUAGGAUAGAUGAUAGGUGAACACAGUAGGAUAGAGGUUAAAGCAGUAGGAUAGGUGAACACAGUAGGAUAGAGGUUAAAGCAGUAGGAUAGGUGAACACAGUAGGAUAGAGGUUAAAGCAGCAGGAUAGGUGAACACAGUAGGAUAGAGGAUAGGUGAACACAGUAGGAUAGAGGAUAGGUGAACACAGUAGGAUAGAGGAUAGGUGAACACAGUAGGAAAGAGGAUAGCUAAAUGCAGUAGGAAAGAUGAUAGGUGAACGCAGUAGGAUAGAGGAUAGGUGAACACAGUAGGAUAGAGGAUAGGUGAACACAGUAGGAGAGAGGAUAGGUGAACACAGUAGGAUAGAGGAUAGGUGAACACAGUAGGAUAGAGGAUAGGUGAACACAGUAGGAGAGAGGAUAGGUGAACACAGUAGGAUAGAGGAUAGGUGAACACAGUAGGAUAGAGGUUAAAGCAGUAGGAUAGGUGAACACAGUAGGAUAGAGGAUAGGUGAACACAGUAGGAUAGAGGUUAAAGCAGUAGGAUAGGUGAACACAGUAGGAUAGAGGAUAGGUGAACACAGUAGGAUAGAGGAUAGGUGAACACAGUAGGAGAGAGGAUAGGUGAAUGUAGUAGGAUAGAGGCUUUGCCACCUUGCUCUCACUUAUACAAUCAUCAUACAGAUCAGUGGUUUCCUCAAGGAAGGGAAAAAUAAAUACAAUUGAUGUGAAGGAUAGAAUUUAAGCACUCAAACAGGGAGUGGAUGACUAAGACCACCACUCUGCACAUUAAUUGAAGAAUAAAACCCUCUAGAAGCAAAUUAUGUGCCUGCUCUGUUCUGUUCUGUUCUGCCCUAUUCUGGUCUGGUCUGUUCUGUCCUGUUCUGGUCUGUUCUAGUCUAGU